AUGAUUUGCUCCGGAUGUCUUAAGAGGCCUCGAUAUCCAGAUAUAGAAGGGAUGGACAAUUUUCAAGGAAAUAUCGAACAUGCCAUGGAUUUUCAAACAGGAGAAGUGUAUAAGAAGAAAAAAGUCGUUGUUGUUGGAAAUGCGAUGUCUGCUGGAGACAUUGCUUCCGCUGUUGCAGAUUAUGCCGACCAGGUAUAUCUCAGUGUUGGUCAGGGGAGCAUUCUUUUAAGGAAAUUUGAUGAGAAUGGAAUUCCGGUGGAUAUGCAGCUGUAUAAACGCAUAUACUAUUGCUGCCCUAUGUGGACGAUUCCAUUUCUUAACAAUCUAAUCAGAAACUUGUCAAAUAUCGCCAUACAUCAUGACUUAGUCGGCCUGCACCCAGGACGAGACAGGCCGCGAAGUCGUCUUAUGGUGAAUGAAGAAAUUGGUUUAAGAAUCAUGACGGGCAAGGUGAAGGCCGUGGGAAGGGUCGUCAAGAUGACGGAGAGAAGUGUUCACAUCGAUGACGGGACGGUGGUGGAUGACGUAGACGUCGUGGUGUUUGCUACUGGAUACGAUCGACAUCUUCCUUUCCUUGACAACAGAUUGGUCGAUUCGGCUCCGGCUAUCAAUGAACAGAAAAACGAAUGGUACAAGUUAAUAUUUCCUAUACAACUACAACACCCCACUUUGGCUAUGAUCGGCAUGAUGACUGCAGAGGGGCCUAAUCUACCAGUCUUUGAAAUGCAGUCACGGCUUGCCGCCAGGGUGCUCUGUGGUAAACUAAAACCUUCCGACAGAGAUGUCAAUGAUCAUGCGCCAGAACCUAGACAGAUGGGAAUGCAUCAGGUUCCGUAUCUUCAGUACAUUGAUGAACUAGCAGCCGAGGUGGGCGUUAAACCCACCUUCUGGGGGUUGAUCUGGCGACACCCACGACUCGCGUACUUGUGCGUUUUCGGCCCCGCAUCCCCGGUUCAGUACAGACUACUUGGACCCCACAGCAAUGCCGAGGCUAUCAAUCACUGCAGCGCCAUCUACGAGAACACGUUUUCUGGUGUCAGACACAGAAGAGUUCCACCACAAAAACCAGUCACUUUACUUCCAACUCACCUCAAAAUUCUGCUCCCUGCUGUGUUUAGGUACAUGAGGUAG